AUGAAUUCCUAUUAUACUGUGAAUAUCCUUACUGAUUAAAUUCGAAUUAACUAGUUUAAAUCCCAGAAGACUAAGUAUGUUUGCCCUCUUAAUUUUGACAACAAAGUCUAUUGGUACACAGAACAACAAAGAAUCCAUGCCUUUGGAAUCAUAGUUAAGAAGAAAGUGAAGUUUUUUAAAGGGAAUCACAAGGAAUUAGAGGAAAUGCGUAGAUUAAUAGGAGGCAAGAUAGUUUUUGAUGGCAUAGUGAACUUGUUUAAGUGUAGUAAUUAAAUUGGAGAAGGAGCAGAUAGUAAAGUGUUUAGAGUGGAAGACACCGUAAACAAAUCCUUGUGGGCAUUGAAAUGUUUGGAAAGAAAAGAUGAUUUUUAUUAGGAAAUCAGGAUGCAUCAGAACUUGGAACAUAGUCAUAUCAUCCAAUUCAAAGAAUACUUUUAGGGAGAGCAAUAUUAUUAUAUAAUAAUGGAACUAAUGGGAGGUCAAACGCUAUCAAAAUUAAUUGAGAGAAAUCUAAUUACAACACAUUAACAGUGCAAAAUUAUUAUUUAGGCUCUCUUGUAAGCUUUGGUUUAUUUGAAGGGUGAGGGAAUAGUCCACAGAGAUAUCAAACCAGCCAAUAUAAUGUUUGCACAAUCUGGAAAACUGGAUAGUUUGAAAUUGGUAGAUUUCAACUUUGCAAUGAAAUAAGAUGACACAAAUGCUAAGCCAAUAUUAUAUGGCAUGUAUACUGCUCCUGAAGCCUUACAAGACAGUCCUAUCCAAAAUGACAAAAUGGAUGUCUACAGUUGUGGAGCGAUCUUAUAUAAAUUAUAUUCAGGAGAAGAUAUACAUCCCAUUCGAUAUAUGCAAGAAUCCAAUGUUUUUUACAACAUCUUAAGGAAUGGUUCCAUCGACUUCAAGGUCUUAGAGAAAGCCAACACACCCAAAUAGGCAAUUCGUUUAAUACGAGCUAUGCUUGAGAUGGAUCCUUGCAAAAGAGUGAAUGCUCAAGAAGCAUUAUAGUUAGAAUACUUUAGAAAUGAGUCAUUAAGUCCAAAUGAAAAGAGAUCUCGCUUUUAACAAAGACAUCAAAAUGAUAGUUUUAAGAUAGGAAUAACUGCUGACUUUGAGAUCAAUGCAGAUUAAGAUGCUAGGUGUGCAAAUGUAAGAAAAAUGGAGAUCCAUAAGCAUCAUUGA